AGUUUCCUCCAUUCCCAGAGAGAUUCUCAAAGAACUAUGUACUUAUACUCCAUCUCUCUCUGGCUGUACAUACAAAUAUCGUGUAUGUCUAAUGUGAAUACAGAUCAUGAGAUAUGAUGAUUUAGGGUAUUGUGAUGGUGUACUACCCACAUCACUGACAAAAGAGAAGUAGAGUUCCUCAAAGAUCAGUGAAGUAAAUAAUGGCCACAAAAACUGGAGUCUUGACAAUCAAAGGGUUAGUAGAUAUGUUGAUGCCCAUUUUGAGAAAUAGUAAGAACAUGGCCCACAUGAAGAAAAUACAUUCCCAAGUGGUUAAGUUUUCAUUAACACAAAGCAGUUUCUUGGUGGCAAAAAUGAUAGCUUUUUGUGAUAAAAUUGAGGCUAUAGAAUAUGCUAGUUUGCUAUUCAAGCAUGUUGAAGAGCCAAACAUAUAUUUGUUCAAUUCUAUGAUCAGAGCCUACACGCAGAAGCAUAUGUAUGUAUCCUGCAUAGAUGUGUAUACAAUGAUGAUGAGACAACUUAAAUGUGAAGAGCCCAUUUUUCCUGAUUCAUAUACGUAUCCAUUUGUUAUUAGGUCUUCUGGAGGCUUUUUAAGCGCAGAUUUGGGUAAACAAAUUCAUGGGCAUGUAUGUAAAUUUGGGUUGGAGUCCAAUAAUGUGAUAGAAAAUUCAUUGCUAAAUAUGUAUGUUAAGUGUGAGGAAAUAAGUGAAGCACAUAAGCUGUUUGAGGAAAUGGCUAUGAGAGAUGUGAUUUCUUGGAAUAGUCUUAUUUCUGGGUACAUAAAGUUGGGUAAAGUUAGAAGGGCAAGAACCUUAUUUGAAGAGAUGCCUGACAAGAAUAUUGUUUCUUGGACAACUAUGAUUUCUGGUUACACGAAAAUCGGGUGUUUUGGGGAUGCAUUAGAUGUUUUUAGGAGAAUGCAGAUGGCUGGGGUGAAACCCGAUUGGAUCAGUUUAGUUGCAGUUUUGCCAGCUUGUGCACACCUGGGGGCACUAGAGGUAGGAGAAUGGAUUCACUUUUAUGCAGCUAAAAAUGGGUUAUUGAGGAGGACUUGUGUAUGCAAUGCACUGAUGGAAAUGUAUUCAAAGUGUGGUAAUGUGAACCAAGCUUGGUAAUUCAUAAGGAGCAUGCCGAUGAAGGCAGACUCUGCAAUAUGGGGUUCUCUGUUGAGUUCUUGCAGAACUCAUCGAAAUCUUGAAACCCCCUUCAUCUCCUAUAUUCAUUGGCGCGAAGUAAAAAUUUGUAGGUACACAUUGAUAAUAUCUUUCACUAAAUCCUGUUUUCUUAGAGUAUAAAACCCCCUUCAUCUCCCAUAUUCAUUGGUGUGAAGUAAAAAAAUUGUAGGUGAUUUCCCUUAUUUUGUUAUUUGAGAUUUGAGAUGUCUUUUAGUGGUAGUGUAUUUGUCAUUGGAAAGUGCACUUGAGUUUCAUUCUUGAUGUGGGGAUGUGCUUCCUUUGAAGAUG